GCAACGAUCUGUUGCCAAUUGACAGAACCUAAGUCGCACAUUGAUAGCAUUUUAUUUCAUAGCUCUUUUUUUCGGAACAACUACAAGCCUCAAAUUUAGUGCCUUCUGCUGAGUGUACCCUUUUUAGAGUAAACCUUUUUAACGCACAAACCUUUCGGCCUUACAAGAAACUAGCUAGUAUGCCAAAUUGCGAAAAGCAGGAAGACCUACAGGUAUCGCCAAGUUCCACUUCGGUGCCGAAACGAUGCAUAAGUUACGUGGCAAUGAAGGCCCUGCACGAGAUGCGACUCAGUGAUACGCUGUGCGAUGCCACAAUUACCCAGGGGGAAUUCAGCUUCCGGGUGCAUCGGGCGAUUAUGAGCUCGUGUAGCGAUUACUUUCGUGCACUCUUCACAACUGCGGUUCCAAGUGAGAAGGAUCACAUUUCGGUUGAUGGAAUCUCCGGAACAAUCAUGGAACGUAUUAUCAGGUAUGCUUAUCUGAGGGAGUGUGAUAUUUCCGAAGAGGAAAUGUUUGAAAUAUACGCCGCCGCGGAUUAUCUGGGGAUGGCCAGUUUACAGGAGCGUUGUGUUCAGUUUAUCAAGAGUGUUCUAAGGACUAAGAAUUGCGUACAGAUUAUGUUGUACGGCAGACAGCGGGGUUGUACAUCGUUAUACGAAUUUGCCCGGUCGUAUAUUCUGAAGUACUUCGUGGAGGUGUCGGAACAGUGCGAAGAUCUGAUGAAACUGGACAUUGACGAUCUGUACGAAAUUUUGAGCAACGAAUUGUUGAACGUUAAAGAUGAAGAAAUGGUUUGGGAAUGCUGCGUACGGUGGAUCAGUUUCGAUCCACCAAACAGGGAACAAUUUGUAACUCGGCUGAUGAAGUCCGUUCGGUCGGGGUUACUGCGUACGCAGUAUUUUCUGGAAGAGGUCAAGGAAAAUCGAUUUGUAGCCGCCAGUGAUGAAGCUAAACCAAUCAUCAUCGAAACGUUGACUUUCCUGUACGAUUUGGAUAUGGUAAAUACCAAGCGCUGUAAGAUUAAAACACCUGCGCUAGCAUUACCACGUUUGCCGUACGACGUAAUUUUCACUUUUGGGGGCUGGAGUGACGGAUUGCCGCAGUCGAUCAUAGAAACGUAUGAUACUCGGGCAGAUCGAUGGGUCAAAAUUCAUGCCGAAAACCGGACGGAAGCCCGGGCGUAUUACGGAGCGGCGGUUAUCGGAAACGCGGUGUACUGUAUUGGGGGUUACGACGGGGUCGAGCACUUCAAUACCUGUCGGAAGUUCGAUACGCUCAAAAAAGUAUGGACAGAAAUAGCUCCGAUGCACUGCCGGCGGUGUUACGUCAGUGUGGUUACAUUGGAUGGCCAGAUAUAUGCUAUGGGUGGAUUCGAUGGACUCAAUCGAUUGAAUUCGGCCGAAGUGUAUAACCCACAAACCAAUCAAUGGACCAUUAUCGGGCCGAUGAACCGUUUACGAUCGGAUGCCGAUGCCUGCACUUUAGACGGUAAAAUUUACAUUACCGGUGGCUUUAAUGGGCAAGAGUGUAUGAAUUCUGCUGAGGUGUACGACCCUGCUACUAAUACGUGGUCUUUGUUGCCUAAUAUGUCAUUCCGUCGAUCGGGGGUAUCUUGUAUUGGACACAAGGGAACCGUGAAUGUAGUUGGGGGCUUUAAUGGACUGAUUAGAAUGAAUAGCUGUGAAAGGUACGACCCGGUUACGCGACGUUGGCAGACAUUUAAGGAAAUGUAUUAUCAGCGAAGUAACUUUGGAGUGGAAGUGAUUGACGACAUGAUUUUUGCUAUUGGAGGCUAUGACGGGGUAACAGCAAUAUCCCACACUGAAUGUUACGUGACCGAAACCAACGAAUGGCUGGAAGCUACGGAUCUGAACUCUACUCGAUCGGCGUUCAAGGCUGUAAUUUUGUCCGGUCUUCCAAACGUACGCGACUAUAUCCACAAGGAUCGCGAAAAUCUGAUGGCCGAAAGGAGACAAAAGCUGCUCAAUGCGGAACAGGAGGGAGACUUCUUCACGUCGGAAUCAACCAGCAGCAUCAACGAGGUCGAUUAGGUUAUUGUGGUCACACCUUCCGAUGUUAAAAUUAUUCUGUGAUAUUCCAAAUUAUAAACACGUGAUGACGAAUAUUUACUGUAGAUUUUAUCAUUUGGAUCUGUCUCAACUAUUCUUGAGCUCUUUUGUUCAGAAAGCUUUGUUGUAUAGAAGAAUCAUAAACAAACGAAAUCCUUUUG